AUGCUCGGAGGUCUCCUUUUCUCCUUCUGGAGGAUCGUGGAGAUCGUGACGUUAAUCCCCAUCAUUGGCAUGCUCGCAUGGUUCGUCGAUGGCUUCAAUGACAACAACCAGCUCACCCCGUCCUUCAUCCUCGUGCUCUUCAUCGUCUCCAUCCUCGCCUGCGCAUGGGCCAUUGUAACCCUUCUCCGCCUCGGUUCGACACGCCGCUCCGCUCUCUUCGUCUCCUUCAUCGACCUCUGUUUCGUUGGCGCAUUCAUCGCAGCGGUCUACGAGCUUCGAGGCAUCAGUGAUGCCGAUUGUGCCAACUUCUCCACCGGCUCUAUCUAUGUCAAUCUUGGGCCAUUCGGAUACUACGGCAGAAAUAGCGGUUCAUCAUGGGCCCUACACCUCAACAAAAAUUGCGCCAUGCUUAAGGCAUCAUGGGCCUUGGGGAUAAUAAACACCAUCCUAUUCUUCUUUACCUUUGUCCUGGCUAUCUUCUUGCACCGGCAUGAAAGAGUUGUUGUCACCAAAGAGGUGAGACGGUCGAGACACAGUAGCCGCAGAGGCCACUCCCGGUCUGGAUCCCGGAGAAGCAGUAGCCGCCGUCGAUACUACGUCUAG